GGGAGACGCAGGGCGAGAGGUGAUGGGGGCCGCGCGAGUUGCGCUGUGGGCGCUGCUGUGCGCUGCACUGGCACAGGGGGCCUUGGCGACCACGCCCCCCUCCUCGCCCUUCGUGCUCCGCAAGUGCUGUGCCCUGGACCAAAUCCUCAACGACAACUUGAGCGCUUGUGUUCCUCUGAAGAACGCCACUCAUCUCAGCUUAAACAUAGCCAUCAUUCAGAAGGAAAACCUCUGGUGGAUGGACGCUAAAGUCCGCGUUGCUCCGAAAGGGAAGAUUGAGAAGCUGUCGGCUCUAGCGCAGAAUGCAACGGUGCUCUACGAAGAACGGCCCUGCGAGGCGGAUAUCACGUCCAUCCUGUGGACCACAGAAGCUUCACUCUACAUGAACGGAUCUCUUGGGAUGGAGCUGACCAGGGCGGAUGGUGGUCCAACCGAAAAAUUUGUGCUCCCUCCGAAAGAUUACUGCAUGGACAGGACUACGCUGUCAGGGAAGCUUUACCUCGCCUUCCUGGCCUGCCCGUGCAAACACGUGGUGUGCGUCCGCAAGUGCUGCGAUAACAAGCGUAUGCUGACUAUGUCAGAAGCUAUCGCUAUGAAGCAAGAAGCUCACUGCGACGGCAAACUUCCCGAAAAGUUUACGUGGAUCGCACCGUUCACAGCGCUCACUGCAGGAUCAGGGCCUGGGCAGGGGAACGUGGCCUACGCCCGCCUUCGAGGGCCGUUUCCUAACACGUGCCCAUCAGGUCGGAUGAAUGUAGUGGUUGAAAUGAGUGACAAGUUCAACAGCAAACUUUUGCCGAACGGAUCGUUGCUAGCAGACGUGACCGGGUCUCCAUUUGCUGUUCGCCAAUUCUGUGUGGAUUACGGCAAGGACAUCAGUAAGGAAGGUUACUUCGCCUACGUAUGUGCGAAGGAAGAUUUAGUCCAAUCGGGACCCGAAACCUAUGACAUGGAAGAACUACCUGUACCUGGUGCUGUAACCUGGUCGGGACUGGCGUCGCUGCUAGCUACUCUGGCGGUGUACGCGCUGCUGCCAGAGCUCCGCGGCCCAGUGUACGCCAAGGCGCUCAUGUGCCACGUGCUGCCCUAGCGGCGGGCGUACUCACCCUGGCGGUGAGCGAGUGCGUCUCCGUCGACACCUACGCCAAGUGCGCGUUCUUAGCGUUCUUUGGCCAGUUCUUCCUUCUUGCCGCCUUUUUUUGGCUCACAGUCUUGUGCUUCGACUUCACUCGCGGCUUCAUGGACCUUCUGCCGAUUAACGACGCGAGAUCCGCCGGCCGCCGCCUGCUGUACUACUCGCUGUUCGCGUGGAGCGGCCCCACCAUCAUCGUGACCAUCACCGUCGCCCUCAACUACUCGCCGGGCCUUCCUGAUUGGCUGCAGAAGCCUGAGAUUGGAUUGUAUAGCUGCUGGUUUAGCCCUACGUGGGCGAAAUUCUUCUACCACUAUGGCCCGGUGGCGUGUCUCCUGCUGGCCAACAUUUUCAUGUUCUCCUACACGAUGUUUCGACUACGCUCAGCUCAACGUAGUGGAAGAGGUAUGCUGAAGAACGAAGAUUCCUGCCUCACCGGCGGCUAUUUGAGAAAACGACGAGAACGGAUGUUGCUGUACGCGAAGCUAUUCGCGCUGAUGGGUGUGACGUGGUUGCUGGAGGUGGUGGUGUGGGCGGCGGGUGCAGACGACAUCACCAUGGCUUUAGUAGAUGCCGUUAACGUUCUCCGCGGCCUGGGUGUCUUCGCAGCCUGUUGCUGCAAGAGAAACGUACUUAACGCCCUCAGGGACCGCUUGUCGUGCCUGGACAAACACCAUUUGGACCACUCUUCAUCAUCUUACACGCACAGUACUGACGUAUCACUUCGCAACUCUUCCAUGAGUGACGGAACACAUCUUAAACGGAUAGCUACCACUCACAUAUCUGCAACAUUCGAGUAAACGUUGUCAUCUCUAAUCAUUUGUGUAGCGUAAAUGCAUUUUAACAUCGACAUUGUGAUGCCGAUUACUUGUUGUCAAUUAAGUUUCAAAAUUGAUCUUAAUAAUAUUUUUAAAAACUAUAUCAGACUAUUCAGAUUCCAUUUAAUCUGUAGAUUAUUAAUGGAUCAGUGGUUACGGCAUUACUAUUCUGCGAAUCAAAAGUAAUAUUUUAAUUUAAAAUACUCAGUAUUCUGAAGUUGCCAUGGAUGAAAAUGUCAUAAGAAAGAAAUGUUACUUAAUGAAAAUAAAUUAUUAUUUUUCUGAUCAAAUUUCUACCCACGAAACCGAAAACCACUUACAAGAUAGUAAGUAUACUUUCUUGGGGGAGUAGUCAAUCUUUUGUCAUAGUAUUAUAACAAGGAUAAUUUAUAAGAGAAAUAAAAUAAAAUAAUUUAAUAUAAACUACAAUGUUAAAGAUAAUGUAAUUCAAUUUUUUGAAUUCAUAAUGAGAAAUAAUAAAUAUUGACAUAACACUCAGAAAUUAUUUUUUAUUAUAAGAUGAGAAGAAUGAGUAGAAAUUGCGUUGACAUUUCCCAAGACGGUUUAUAAAGUAUCUUAUAAU